UUUGACAAGUGUCCCGUUACAGUCACACUGAACUGCAGUACUCAUUACAUAGAAGACGUGGCGCAGAACUAUAGGUUAAAAUCGCAUCUUAUUCUGGUAUGCCCCAUAUAGAAUUAUCUUCGUCUGACAACGUUUUGGAAUUUUGAAACAGCCACUCAGCUUUGUAGCCGUUGAAGCUGGAAAGCUGUGCCUGUCUUUGCUAAUCUAUAUUCCCAGGUUCAGAAUCAUCUUUGUUUUAGUGUGCUUCAUUUCAUAGUUGGCUUCCGAUUUGGAUUCUGGGUUUGGAAGAGAGAGGGAAAAUGAAGGGAAUGAAAGGAAAACUUGUGAAGAGGUUGAAAUCAAUCCCAAGAGUAGUUCUUCAGGUGAAGCCACAAGAUCGAGUUCUUCAGGUAAGCGCAUCAGAUGGGUAUGUGGAAAACCUUCCAAACAUCUCAGUUGUCAAAUUCCACAAGGAAGAAACAGAGCAGGACAAGCUCAUCAACUGCAGCAGUGUGAGAGAGCAGCAACAACCUGAUAUUAUUGACGUCGAUGAGCUUAUGAGAGACCUCCUCACAGAUUCUGACGAUGACGUCGACGACGACAAAGAAAACAUUACCCCAAGAGUGAAGGCAAAGGACCCAGUUGCUUCUAAGGAGUCUAAAUUGAAGCAGUACCCAGAUUCAGAAGCACCACCGGUACUAGAGUCGGAAAUCCGUAAACAAACACCUCUAUCGGAGACUGACAUCUCGUCUUUCCGGCGACCGGACUUAGAUUCCGGUACCCUCUUCGACCCGGACCUACUCGCCGCCUUUCGGCAAGCCGUUAUUGAGUACAUGAAAUUGAGUGAAGCAGAGAGGAAGUCAAUAACAGAGAUACAAAAUAUUGAAAACAAUGAAACAGAGGCGGAGCCGGACCCUCUAUUAGGCUUCGAAGAGAAAUGUCCACCUGGGAGCUUGGAGUCGGUAAUUCUCUACACAACAACCCUUCGAGGGAUACGAAAGACCUUCGACGAUUGCAACAGCAUCCGAUUUCUGUUGGAAAGCUUUCGGGUUGUGUAUUUCGAGCGUGAUGUGUCGAUGCACAUGGAAUUCAGACAAGAGCUGUGGAAGAUUUUGGAUUGCAAAUCGGUUCCUCCUAAGCUUUUCAUCAAGGGGAGAUACAUUGGGGGAGCAGAGGAGGUUUUGACGCUUCACGAGCAAGGAAAGCUGCGGCCGCUCCUUGCAGGAGUGCCGUUGGAUCAAUCAGAUGGACCGUGUCAAGGUUGCGCUGGAGUUCGGUUUGUGGUUUGUUUCAAAUGCCACGGAAGUCACAAGAUCAUUGCCCAAGAGGGAGAGUCUAAUGUGUGCCCGCAGUGUAACGAAAAUGGGUUGAUCGUAUGCCCAUAUUGUUGCUGAACUUAAAACCAGGUUCUUGUUGUACUAGUUCCUUCUGUGUGUAUCUUCACCAUUUGAUUUUUUUUUCAUUUUUGGGUUUCUCGUUGUAUUUAUAUGUUAAUAUACUAUAUAUUCUUUCAAUUCUUUUACGAAGUUUGUGGACUUGUCCCAGAUUCACUAUGUACGUGACAUUUGAAAUAAAUAAAUUGACAUUCUUUC